UCUCUCUCUCUCUCUCUCCCUCCUUUAUUUGCAUUGGGACUCCCCCUCCUCCCUCUCCUCUGCGCCUCAAAAGCGCGAUCCAUGGUGCGAAAGCCUCCCUUUCUCUCGUUUUCCUUCAGGAUGACAUUCUUCAAAUAUCUUCGCUCUGUUAAGAAUGAGCUUAUACUCUUCUCAACUCCAUUUCUUCUCCUUCCACUGCCUUUAGUGAUCGGGACAUCGGAAGCAGAAUGCGCCUAUGUGAUAGUCCUGAUGGCGGUUUACUGGUGCACAGAGGUGCUACCGCUGGCUGUGACUGCCCUCCUCCCAGCACUCCUUUUCCCCUUGUUUGGUAUUAUGAAAUCCAAAGAUGUGUGUAUGCAGUACCUGAAGGACACAAACCUGUUGUUUGUGGGGGGACUAAUGGUCGCAGUAGCCGUGGAGCACUGGAAUCUGCACAAGCGCAUCGCGUUGAGAGUGCUGCUCUUAGUUGGUGUGCGUCCAGCGCUUUUGAUGUUGGGUUUCAUGGGUGUGACAGCCUUCUUGUCCAUGUGGAUCAGUAACACGGCAACCACAGCUAUGAUGGUGCCUAUAGUCCAAGCAGUGCUUCAGCAGCUCAACGACAACAGUGAAGCAGAGAUACCUCAGAUCCACAGCUCAGAGGACCAGGUCCAGACAUCAGAGACUGACAACAAACAGCCUCCACAGACAGAGAAGCAGAGCGAGGGACAAGGCCCAGUGGUGGUGACUUUCUUAGAUGCUGCAGUGGAGGCUGCAAGGCAUAAGGAGGCACUGGAAAAGCAGAAAAUGUGUAAAGGGAUGACCCUGUGUGUUUGUUACGCUGCCAGCAUCGGAGGCACCGCCACACUUACCGGAACCGGUCCAAAUCUGGUGCUCAAGGGUCAGAUGAACCAACUCUUCCCUCAAAACGAUGAUGUGAUUAACUUUGCCUCCUGGUUCGGCUUUGCCUUCCCUAACAUGAUCCUCAUGCUUACACUGGCCUGGCUUUGGCUGCAGUUUGUCUUCAUGGGAUUCAACUUUAAGAAGACAUGGGGCUGUGGGGCUGUGAAGACAGAGAAGGAUAUUGCCGCCUAUAAUGUGAUCCGUGAGCAGCAUCGUCUGCUGGGGUCCAUGUCCUUUGGAGAGAUAAGCGUCUUGGGUCUCUUCAUUCUGCUUGUGGUGAUGUGGUUCACAAGAGAUCCAGGCUUUGUCAAAGGCUGGGCGAGUGAUAUCUUCAACUCCAAAGAAGAAUAUGUGACAGAUGCCACAGUGGCAGUCUUCAUUGCCGUCCUUCUCUUUAUUCUGCCCUCUAAACCUCCACGUUUCUGCUUGUGGAGGACUCAAAGUUUUGACACUGUAUCCCAUCAAACUAUUGGCCCAACUCCACGUCUGCUUACAUGGAAAGUUGUCCAGAAGAAGUUACCAUGGGGUAUCGUGCUUCUUCUUGGAGGAGGUUUUGCUCUGGCCAAGGGCAGUGAAGAAUCGGGACUCUCAAAAUGGUUGGGAGAUCAAAUGACUCCCCUGCAAAGCAUCCCUCCCUGGGCAAUUGCUAUCAUCUUAUGCCUGCUGAUUGCUACCUUCACCGAGUGCACUAGUAAUGUGGCUACUGCAACGCUCUUCCUACCUGUCUUAGCCUCAAUGUCUCAGUCCAUUGGAAUCAAUCCACUGUACGUCAUGGUGCCUUGUACUCUGAGUGCCUCUUUCGCCUUUAUGCUGCCUGUUGCUACGCCUCCAAACGCCAUAGUGUUCUCUUAUGGAUACCUCAAGGUUGCUGACAUGGCCAGGACAGGAAUAGUCAUGAACAUCAUCGGCAUCCUCUGUAUUACACUGGCCAUCAACAGCUGGGGCAGGGCCAUGUUUGACCUGGACUCCUUCCCCACAUGGGCCAAUGUCACAGGCGUGUGAGCCUGGCUCUGCCAUAGGAGAUGAUCCACGCACACCCUGCCCUCCUUAUCCACAGGUGCCAGACAAAGACCUCUGGUCAGAGCGACAGCACAGGACGACACGGUGGACCGCAUGCAACACCUGAUUGCUGCUAGAAUACAAAGCCACGCUUGUUUCCAUUGACACCUGAGUCUUGCAUGUGAGAGAAAGCGGUGGUGAAUAUGAUUGGGAAUGGAAGAAGAGUGGUUGAGGAAUGAAAUUAAAACAUUUUUUUUUAUUUACACUGUAUUAUAUUGAAGUUACACUUCAAUUAAAUUAUAUUGUCAAAUAGAGAGACAUCAUAAUUGUCCUAAGCAGCCAAUUCUGCAAGUACCAUUCAAAUCCACUCUUUCUUUAUCAAGGAAAAUCAAAGAAGGGCUAUUCAUGUUAUUAGAAAUGUUUUACUUGGUCACAUGUAGCCAUAUUUUAAUAGCAAUAAGCCACAAAAAACAUAACUUAGCACAUUUACUCAAGUAAUGCACUUUUAUGGUACUUGUUUUUCACUUAUUUAUGCCACUUCUGCUUUAACUUCACUACAUUCCAGAGGGAAAUAUUGUCCUUUUUGCUCUCCUACAUUUAUCUAACUGUAACUGCUGUAAUUUCUAAAUACUUAAUUAAUAUUAGGAUAACACGACAUAUGUUAAUAGAUGAAACUACCCAACUGCGUAUGGAUCAGCCCUCAGCACAUCUAAACCAGAUGCAAUAUUAAAAAUUUGCAAAAUUCGAUAGUGAUAAUAAUCCAUUACCAUUUCAUAUAAUAUAACACUGACAAGGGCAAUUCAGCGGAUGAGUACUUUUAUAAUUGAUAAACACAUAAAAUAUUGAAUGCAACACUUUGGGUCAACUAUUUUUUACACUGUAUUGUUUUUACUUCUACUUAAUUAAAACCAUCUAAAUGCUUCUUCCACCACUGUUAUCCAGUACUGGAUGUUUUGUAAGCACGUCAAGCACACAUAGAUUUAAGCUAACAAAGGCUGUUGCCAUUUUGGUAUUUAUAGACAAUGGGCUAAUAUGUACUUGACACUUGACUACAAGUAAACAUGUACUUUUGUCCCCUUUUUUCCAAACUGACCUCCACGAUGACGCCGGAGUGUUUGGUGAUUGCAGCAUCAGUUGAACUUUGAAAUGUAUUGUCACUACAGAACAACAAACCUACAUGUGCCUUGUGCAAACUGACUUAUUGUGCUGUAAAGACAUUUUCAAUCUUUUGAUCAAUACACUAUGUGCUGACAUUGUGAAAUGUCUCACUGCAAUGACGAGUUGUAAUAAGUGAUAUUUAAGAACCAAUGUAUAUUUUUUUCUCUUCAACUUUAAGACUUUUGUAGCUGCGAAAUGAUGAAUAAAGUAUCUUUUUUGCCUGCCUGUAAA